AUGAUGGUGUUAAAGGUGAAGAACUUUUGUGAACGUGAAAAACGUAAUAAUGCACCAUUAAUUCCUUUAAGAUGUGUUCAGGCUCGUGUUGCCGCCAUUACAGAAGCCUUUGCAACGAUCACCGAAGAAGAAUGGAGAAAAGAAUGUGAGCAUGUGAAAAAAGUGGAAGAAAAAUAUUACGCCGAUGGCCCAGUUAUUGAUAGCGAGAUGGAGAGGUUCAUAAUUGAAGUGGGAGACGAUAGCGACACUUCUGAUGACGAGGAUGAUGAGGAAGAUGAAGUUGACGACGAUCUCUCGGGAAUAAGUCCGUUGGAUGAGCAUUUUUUGAUUGAUCAAAAUUAUAAUAAAAAAUAU